CCGACUAUUCUAUCCUCUUAUCCGUCGUUUAUGAGUUUGCCAUACACAUCUCAAGGAGCGGCGGAAAGAGGGUGGCAUAAUCAGGAGCGCAGUAUCCCACGCAGACUACUGUCUCCCAGGCGUGGGCAGAGUCUCAACUAUGUUGCAUUGCUACAACAACUCGUUACAGUUUUAUCACAUCUCGCUUCCAGCGCAAGUGUAACGACUAGAUGUAACUAACCGAAUGAUCAACGACUCCUUACUGAUUGAACUGCCCCGCCAACUUGGAAGCCUGGCACAUGGUUCAUGUCAUGAUGAAGUUGUGAGGUUGGCAGUCACGUGUAGAUCAGCCUGGAAUGCAACACUGAUGUCGACAACAGAAGCGAGAUUGCUAUGUAGAGCUGCCAAAAUGAACGGCAGCAUGUCGAUCUUAUCAUGUCUAACGCACAUGUGUCUCAGCUGACGGCAAUCUUAAAGCAGUUCGGGCAAAAUGUGGUCGCCAGGUACAGCAGUAGCCGUCACAACAUAAACCUGCUCUCGACAAAUUAUGAUCCAAAAAAAUCACCAUGCAUACAUGCGGUUCCAAAACAGUUCAGGAAUGUAGAUCGAAAUAGUUCUGCUAUGAACAGCUCUUCUUGGCCGCUUCUCCAUUAGAUGGAAUGUGACUGGUGCAGUCGAGUUCAGAAUACGAGCUUUGCCUGUAUCACGUCUCCCCAGCGACCAUCUUGCCCACACCGCCUUGACAUCUGCCCAUCCAUCAUUUCCGAAAGCAGAUGUAGGUUCAAGAAAAUAUCCCGGCAUUGCAGCUCAGCAGCGUCGGCACAGGCGAAGUUUUAGAUCUCUAUUGCCAAUGUUCGCUACGUCGUAACUGCAAAACCCUCAAUCUGCUCAUCAAACAAUCAAUCCCAUUUUAUCAUGAUUCGACAAGUAGAAUGGCUUAAUUUAUCGUCCACCUUGUUGCCGUUUGGACUGCGGAGGUAACAAACAUUUAAGACAAGGGCUGUGCCAGCCAUCACUUCCACAUCUGCUCUCUCUCGAUCUCCAGCAACCUCUCGAUAUUUAAAAUAUCAGUCAUAGAUAAGUAUAUCUUUUGGGACCGCUCCUUUGAACGGCCCCACAUCGUUUCCACGUUCUAGUCCUGCCUUAUCAAUACCUGGAAUUGAUACUAGGCUAGGCCUCGAUCAACGCCACAUCACUUCACCACUAUCAUGGCUCUUGCAACAGUGAGAUAUAACCUCAUUGUGCUGGUUAGUUUUACCAUAAGCACCCUAGCUACCCCAGUAGUCAGAAGGGAAUGCGGGGAAACAUGCUUCAACAGCACGAACGAGUGUGGUGCUGCCUUUGGUGGAUGUUGGGAUGAUUGCGUUCAACAGCGCCCAACUUUCACAGCGCCUCUCUGUCCAGCCUCCAUAGCAGAAACAACUUCACCCGCCACCCCAACACCGGGAAUGACCAUCGCCAUUACCUCUGCCCAUCCAUUGAUCACACCUGGUCCAGACCCCAAUUCUGCUGCACCAACAUCAGGCUGUGUCUCUGGCACUACGCUUUGCCUAGAUCUUCUGCUCGAGUGCCAGGGAAGAAAUAUCAUGUAUGGCGGCUGCGACGACAUUUGCAGUUCCAAAACAUACGCCGCCCCGCCUUGUUCCGUAACGCCUGUCCCUACGCUGUGGCCAGGCAACGAAACUGAAGCUCUACCCACAAAGGCGAAGGGGAAGGUAAACAGACCGCCUACUACGCGCACGCCUUGUAACCCAGACAAGCCGAGGUGGAUGUGUGCGCCGCUCGAUUGGUAAAGAAAGGAUUGCCGUGGUUUGGCGCUUGUACGUUGCGGUAACGGUGGAUGUCGAUGUCCAAUGGCUUCUGGCCUCAC